AUGGCCAAUGACACCUUGGCUGCUAGUAGUGCAAUUCACUCGGCGGUUACAGUUGAUACUAAGCAGUUUACCUGUUCAAAUGGCAAGAAAAGAACUUUUGACUGCCGGGGUGCGGGCGAAGAAGAUGGCAACAGGAACUCUUCCAUGUAUCCGCCGGAGAGAAGCAAGAACGCGCGACUGAUGGUUUCCUCUGAAGGAAUAGGGGGCGACGCGGUGUUGCCCCAGGUCCGACGAGCGAAGCGAGAGCACCCAUCGCAUUCAGAGGUGAUCGAUCUUACGUGGUCGGACGAAGAUGACGAGGUGCCUCAUCAUCCGGCCUGCGCCGUGCAGCAGUUGGCGCUGAACUCGCGCGACCCGAUCCUCGCUAACCCACGUUUAGGCGGUGGCGGAGGACCAGGCUUAAAUCCAGCUACCGGCACCGCGUCUACCAGGUGCAACGUCUUGGGUCCGGAAACAGCUGUGUUACAAGAAUUCGAAACGGUUACGGUUCCUCAGACGACACCGCCGAACGCUGUUGGUGUGCAGUACGUUUGUCCACACUCGCGGUGUCGCUGUCACUCUCACUGUCCCUGCUGCGGCACGAUGACGAAUAUUGGCACCGUGAUGGAAACGUGCCCUGUCCUCCACCACUGCGAUCUGCAUUCGCCAUGCCCGAUGCCGUGUCCGCAUGCUCAUCACGCCAGCGACUCGACGACCACCCAGUCGUCCAGCAACCAUUUGAUUCCCGCUUCUUACCAACCUUGCUCGCAGAACACCGUGAUUUGUCCCGGAUUAGCGGCAGCGUUUCCGCUGACCGCCGUGGCGAUGCCUUCCGGCGGCGACGCUAGCAACGGCGGGGGAGCUAGCGCCGGUUUGACUCACUGUCCGUCGCCUAUGGCCAGUGCCUCGCUCAGGGCUACGAUCCCGAUCAUGCAGCAGCGAUACCUGCAGCGACAGGAGGAUCAAUUGAACCGACAGCGGGAGGCACAGAGCCAAUGGUUUCAACAACGUCAACGUUUGAACUACGCCCUCGGUGGUAGUGGUGGCGGAAGCGGAGGAAACGGCGGCAGUACUCAGUCAGCAGUUUUAAACGCACCACCGACUGACUCUCUGACUCUGUUCGGUACGUUCGACAGUACGCGGUCCACAUCCGUUAGCCGUACCGUCCCUUCCAGCUCGUUUUACCCGGGGUUACUCGGAUCGUCUGUUCCACAGCCGACCAACGUCGUCGGUUUUGAGCAGACGCUUACCUCUUCGCCCGGUGCUGACAUCCUUAUACCUUCAUUUUCGUUCACCUUUCCUUCGGCGGCUCCCGAAAUGGCCAUGGACCAUCAGACGUACGCGGCUGCCGCCGCUGCCUCAAACUUGCGACCGCUGGUCGCCGCCACAUCGGGCACCGCCAAUCGUGCCGUAGUAUUUCGACCGCUGUCGUCGAAUGUGCCAUUCGCGCCGUACGUACUGGUCGACCGGGCGCACUGGCCACUGGAAGCGCAGUUCCUGCGUCACAUGGGCGAGGAGGAGAAAUGCCCCAUCUGCUUAUCAGAGUUCGAGCGCAACGAGUUCGUUCGCACGCUGCCGUGCAACCACCCGUUUCACAUUGCCUGUAUUGACCGCUGGCUGAUCACCAACAAGAAAUGUCCGAUUUGCAGACUGAGCAUUGAUCAUGCACUUCUGCCGAAUGUUUAG